AUGGACAGCGAUGCAGUGCGAUCAUCGAUCCUCCCAAAGUUGGAUCGUUGGUUAGAGAUCAUCACGUCUUCAUGGACAUGGAGUCCGGAUGUGCUGAACUCUAUCCAUAUCCUUUGCAAGGAUGUUAAUCAUAAAUCAACCAUCCAGCAAGACGUCUUAUUUUCUCGACUUCGCCCCUGCAUUAUGUCUCAUCAUGCUUUCCGAAGAAUUAGAGCCCUGCACCUUCUCUUCUACAACGCUAACUUGAAAAAUGAUUCCACGUCAAAUUCUGUCUCGCCAAGCUCCCUUUUACUCCAAUCGAUGAUUGCCGCCGAUGAUUCCGUUCUGGAGGUGUCGGCGGUUCGAGAAAGGAUCUUUCGAACAACGAAUGUCGGCGCCACAAUUCGUGAUGACGCUGAGGUUUCGGACGUACAGCUCGCUGGCAUGUGGCUUCUUGCUCAGCUGAAGGUUAACCUACAACCGCUAUGGAAGCCGACGGUGGAGAGUUUUGCGUCUCUGAUGGAAAGGUUUCCAGAGACUCUAUGGCAACUCAGUUUCAGCGUGUUGAAACUUGUCGGAGAAUCGGUGGAGGGGCAGGAUCCUUCCCUGGAUCCAGUUCCAGUGUGGUCCGAAUACUUUAAGGACCAGGGUAUCAUCCGAGAGUCAAUUUUCCGUGAUGAUCAAAAUACAUGGACGGAUUCAAGUGCGCACCGCUUGGUUGGUGUUGGACGUCGAUGGCGUCAACAACUAUCCCAAGGUUAUGGGGAAUACGACCGUCUCGACCUGGAAAAUUUCGAAACUCAGAUUCUUGCCAUCUUCGCACAAGCCUCCACUAUCGCCAAAAAGCAUAGCUACGAACUCUCUCCGUAUUCUCUUUCAGUAAUGCGGUCGGGAACGACUUCACACCGGAGGUUGAAGGCAUACCUCUCAAUGAUAGCCAAGCUACCUAAUCCAAGGACUCUCCACUCCUCAUCUGAGCUGUACUCCUUCUAUUUCUCUAUCGUCGCAGCUCCGAAUCAUUACCUACAGAGUGUUGCACUGGAUUGCAUUCUGGCCCAUCGGCCGCCAGCUAUCUCGCCGUAUGGGGAACGAUUGCGCAAUGUCAUCGACGAAACCAAGUGGCGGGAUGAGCUGUUGUCUUUCAAACUUGACAGGCAUAUCGAGCCUGAACAUCGUGCUGAGUUUGUGCACCUGCUUAUUUGCCUCCUUUACCGUCGGUUGGUGGAGAAAAGAGCUCGGCACUCGAAGGGGAAGAGGCCUGUCGCUGCAUAUGGGAUGCUGAAUACCUGCACCAGUGCUGAACUUCGUACACUAGUCAACCUUAUGCUGCAACCUUUUCCCAUGAGGAUGGACUCAUCCUUCAUUGACGCAUUUGAAUUUCAGGGUCUGGGAGAUACCAAUCUUCACAAACAAUCGGCAUUUCUUGAUCUCCUCAGCGAUGUACACAAGUAUUUGGGUGCUCAUAUGACCGAUCACUGGCCGGUCUUGCUUGGAACGACCCUGGAAAUAAUAAACAACGCUGAGCGCCUUUUGUCAGUGGGGACAUCUGCAGCUGAUGUUGCGGAGGAGGAAGAGGAAGAAGAGCCGGAGGCCGCCCUCGAUGAUGACCAACUCAUCGAGACGGAAACUCAAGGAUCCAGCGGACUUCUGCGGUCCGUACGCCAGAAAGGAUUGAGGUGUUUCAACAGCUUUUUCGUAUUGACCAACGGCCAAUUUGAUUUCCUGCCAUAUAUGGGUUCAGCAUUCCAGUCCUUUAUCAUUCCUCGCAUUCGCGCGAUUGGCGAGAACUCUCGGGUACCUAUCCUAUUGAUAGAUGUGCUCUUGACGUUCUCAAAAUCUCCCCUUACUUCACGCUUCUUAGUUGAUUACGAUGCAGACCUUCUCCCUACAGUUUUUCAAUCUUUGGAUCACCCCGACACGAAACCUAUGGAGAUCAUGAAAGUGCUUGAUCUCGCCCAAGCCGUGGUUGAACACGCGGUCAGCAAUCCUCGUUUUGCUGAAGAUGCUUUGCUUCCAAAUGUGACCUACCUAAUGGAACGGCUUACGCACUUGGCUGCGCGCCGCUCAAGCAGUUCUUCUAUUGUGGAGCGUCAGUUUGGUAUCUUAUCGUCGUUGUCCCCGUUUAUCCAGGACCCAAGUCAGGCGGAACGUCUCUUUCGUCUUAUUCUUUCAAUGCUCUGGAAAUCGCUUCCAGAAACACGCCAGCUCAGCCUAAUUCAGAUUAUGGAAACACUGGUACAGUUUGUUCCAGAUUGUCAAAAUAUGAGUAGUCGGCUCGGGAAUGAUGCAUUUCAAUGCAUAUCGAGGUUAUUUCAAUCUUCGUGCGAGCGUACCACACGAGACGCAUUGGUGGCAGUGUUUCGACAAUUAUGUGGCGGGGAUUCGUCAUUAGAGACUACUGCAAAACUGGUCGAUGCACUCAAUUCAUACCUGAACACAAAGGAUAUCCCGGACUUCGAACGAAGACUCAAUGCAUUUUCUACCAUAAAUGAGGAUGCAUAUCGUUCGUUAUCGCAUACGGCGUGGCUUCCAAUUUUGUACAACAUGCUCUUCUUCGUCGAGGAUAGACACGAAUUUUCUAUUCGUAUCAAUGCCGGUCUUACACUACGCCGCUUUAUCGAUCGGACCUCAGCUGAAAAUAAUCCAUUCACCCCCACGUUUAGAUCCAUCAUCUAUCCCUCUUUGUGUCGAACUAUCCGCUGCAAGACUGAGAAUGCCAGGAUGGAAGCCCUGAAAGUCAUUGGGCAUGCAGUUGAAAAACUGUCAGGGAUCCCGUUCCUUAAAGAACUUCAACCACUCAUUGGUGACACCGGUAGAGACAGCUUCUUUCACAAUCUAUAUCAUUCCCAAAAGCAACCAAGGAUCCGUGCGAUUCGGAAAUUAAUCACUCAAGGUGGUAACAUCCGUGCCACCACUAUCUCCGCUCUCCUCUUACCAUUAUUAUCACACUUCCUCGAUGUGAACGCGGAUCGCGAUGUUCAAGACAUGUCAGUUGUCGCUUUCGGUAGCCUAUCUCGCAAUUUAGCCUGGGAUCCGUACCUUGGGCUGAUUGAGACUCGCUUGAAGGAUGCGAGGCUGUGUAACGCUAGAAAACGUGGUGCAGCGAAAAUUCAUUUGCGCACUGUAAAUGCCGUAAUAGACAAUUUCCCGUUUACCUUGGACGGGGUGACGGACGAAGGGGAAGAUGAGGAUGCAGACGGGGAGGGAAAUGCGGAAGAGGGGAAUGUAGAGAAAGACGAGGACCAUACUCAAAAGUCCCAGCCUGACCUUCGAAUUGCGGAUGCGAUUACGGGACGUUUGCUGCCCGCACUUUUUCGUUUUAUGGACAAACGGGAUCCGAAGGACAAGACACCGUUCUUCGUUGCCACGAGCAUUGUGCGCAUGUGCAAUAAGCUUCCAGAGACCACGCGGCAAACACAUGCUGCACGGCUCAUCACGAUCUUGAGCCAAGCCCUGAGGACCAAAAUUGAGCCGAUAAGGGUGUUCGUCAGGGCGACUCUCUGCCGCAUUUCCACAAUGCUGGGAAACAGUAUGCUGCCCGUCCUUUUCCGCGAACUGCGACAUGCUCUAGUGCGGGGCUCCCAUCUUCAUGUCCUUGCGCAUGUCACCCAUACGCUUCUUUUCCACGUUACGUCCCGAGAGCAUGCACAGUCAUUUGGGAGUCUAGAUGCCGCCACGGAGGCAGUUGCCCACAUUGCUUUUGAGGUAGUUUUUGGCCAGUCCGCCGAAAGGUCGGAGUCCGAAGGCCUCAGGGCAGCCUAUCGAGAGGUUCUCGGUGCUGUGCCCAUGGGUGUGCAGUUGUUUGGUAUCAUGGCCCAGCAAAUAUCAUCAUCAAAGAUCCGCCCCCUUCUGGAGCCUAUUCGAGCCUUACUUCAUGAAACAGAAUCCGGGAAAAUACUCCAGAAAAUUGACGAAAUUUUAGGACGCAUUGCAAGCGGGUUAAAUGCAAAUAAAUACCUCACUCCCACCGACAUUUUGUCUUUGUGUCAUACCCUACUUACCCAGAACGCUCAGUUCCUGCGAGGGAACGUGGUAAAUCCUCCAAGCGAGAAAAAGAAGAGCGAUGUCGAUGUUCAACUCACACGACACGUUGCAGUAGUCAAAGAUCUCUACUCGAUCAACUCGCACAAGUUUGUCGCCCUCGGCUUGAAUCUGUUCAAUGCGGCUACCAAUAGAUUUGAUAUCAAGGAUCUAGACAUCUGUUCUCGUUUAGAUCCCCUGGUAGUAGCGAUCAGCCCAACGCUUCAUUCGCCUCACAAUGUCGUCUUACUUCCUUCUUUGCGGGCAUCAGCCACCAUCUUACGCUUCCCUCUUCCAAGUGUCUCCGACCACCUGCAGGCCUACGUACAACAAAUUCUCCUUAUUUGCAGAAAAGACGGUUCGACGGAGUCCGAAGUUGUCCAGAUGGCUCUGCGAACGAUCGCUUCCGUGAUGCGGGACUGCCCCGAGUCCGUAUUCGAAGAAGCAGAUAUUUCCUUCAUACUGGAACUUAUCGCCCCCGAUCUUGAGGAACUUGAUAGGGAAGACGCUAUCUUUACCAUCCUGCGAGCUAUUGUGUCACGUAAAUUCGUGGCGCACGAGAUUUAUGACAUCAUGGACAAAAUUGCUGAGCGCAUGGUCACCAGCCAGUCCCAGCAUUCCAGGAGCAUUUGCCGAAAAUUGACCUUGCAAUUCGUGCUCGAUUAUCCCCAUGGUACAAACAGACUCAAAAAUACUAUGACAUCGCUAGCCAAGAAUUUGUCUUACACGUUCGAGAGUGGCCGGAUUUCUACAUUGGAGCUCCUCCUCUCCCUAUUCUCCGUGAUUCAACUAUCUUUGCUAUGUGAAUAUGCGGAACUUUUCUUCCUCGCCCUCGUGAUGCUGCUCGCCAACGAUGACUCCUCGAAAUGUCGGGAAAAGGGUGCCAUGGUGAUGAAGGUCCUCCUCCAGCGGUUGGACGAGACGAUUCUGAAGUCCGUGGCGGUUCAUCUCCAGAAGUGGGUCCAGAAGACCGCACAACCUUCUCUCGUACGAACGGCCGCACAGAUCUACGGUAUCAUUGCUGGUGCCCCUCGAGUUAUGAGAACGAUCGGUGGCGCUGAUUUCAUCGUUGACGACUUGAACGGAUUGCUAAGGCUCGACGUUUCUGAGAUGGACGUAUCAGGCUUAGAGUGGCAAGUGCCAUACCAAGCCUUGACGUCGCUCAACAAUCUUGUUCAGCCCAAGCGAACUCCUAACGAGCCUCAGAGUGUUCCGCCGCACAUCGACGAUAUCCGUUGGAAUAAGGUUACAGACCAUCUUCUUUUCCCUCAUGCCUGGGUACGCCUGGCUUCCGCACGGCUUCUUGGGUCGCUCUUCAGCGUGUCGCCUAUUGGCUUUCCAGAUCCCUCUCUUCCAUCUUCUCACCCAUCGUCCCGUGAAGGAUCAGUCGAUAUCGCAAAGAAAUUAUGCCUUCAACUGAGAAGCCAUCACCUUGAUGACAAGCUUGGUCUUCAGAUUGUUAAGAAUCUAUUCUACUUGGGGCGUUGCUUUACACAUUGGCCAGAAGCACAGCGUCAGGACCCUGCCACGGAUACUCAAGACUCGCAAGUACCCGGGGAAUUAACAAAGGAGGAUGAUUUGAAACGCGUGGUGUAUCCGUUGCCGUGGCUUUUCUCUAAGCUGUCGUUCCAGGCUCGUAGAGCGUUGGACCGGAAACGGAGUGGGAAGGACCCAUCGGAGCAUCAUAUGUCCUCUAUCCUCAAGUGGUUCGCGGCCAUGGUAGACUUUAUGUCCCCGGAUGAUGUCGAGAAAUAUCUCAACGAUAUACUGAGUCCGCUCUACCUCGUGAUGAGGACUGGAGCACGGAACGAGAGGAUGGUCGAGCUUCAAAACCUCAGUGAAGAGCUGCAGGAUAUGCUUCAAGCAAAAGUUGGGACCACCAAGUUUACCAGAAUCCGCAACAGCGUCCGCCAAGGACUCCCCAAGAAGUUCGGUGCAGGACGGAAGGCGACUGUGGUUUGUGUCAUUCCCACACCUAUAAGUUGA